AUGGAAGUUCGAGGAGCUUUUAGUUCAAACGAUGGAAAAAGGCAUCGUGAAUUGACUCCACUAAGGCUGAUCAGGGGAGUUGUAUGUUUAUUGGUGCUACUUUCAACAGCAUUUAUGACAUUGGUUUAUUGCGGCUUUGUGAGUGCUGUUGUGUUGCGACUUUUCAGCAUACAUUACAGCAGGAAAGUAACAUCCUUUUUCUUUGGCACUUGGCUAGCUUUGUGGCCUUUUCUCUUUGAAAAGAUUAACAAAACCAAAGUAAUGUUUUCUGGAGAAACUGUUCCUGCUAGGGAACGAGUUUUGCUUAUUGCAAACCACAGAACAGAGGUUGACUGGAUGUACUUGUGGGAUCUUGCAUCGCGGAAGGGAUGUUUGGGAUGCAUUAAAUAUGUCCUUAAGAGUAGUCUGAUGAAAUUGCCUGUAUUCGGCUGGGGCUUCCACAUUUUGGAGUUUAUCUCAGUUGAGAGGAAGUGGGAGGUUGAUGAAUCAAACAUGCACCAAAUGCUUUCAAGUUUUAAGGAUCCCAGGGAUCCCCUCUGGCUUGCACUUUUCCCAGAAGGAACAGACUACUCCGAGCAGAAGUGUUCAAGGAGUCAAAAAUAUGCAGCCGAACAUAGUUUGCCCAUCCUGAACAAUGUGCUGCUUCCAAAGACAAAAGGCUUUUAUGCUUGCCUGGAAGAUUUGAGGGGUUCAUUGGAUGCAGUUUAUGACAUGACCAUUGGCUACAAACCUCGGUGCCCAUCUUUACUGGACAAUGUCUUUGGAGUGAACCCUUCGGAAGUUCAUGUUCAUGUCAGGCGAAUUGCGCUUGCUGACAUCCCAACAUCUGAAGAAGAGGUUUCUGCGUGGUUGAUGAAUACAUUCCAACUAAAGGACCAAUUGCUUUCUGAUUUUUAUUCUCAACGCCAUUUCCCUCGUCAAGGAACAGAAGGAGAUCUUUCAACAUUGAAGUGUCUUGUAAACUUUGUGGCCAUAAUGAUGUUGAUUAGCACUUUCACCUUUUUCACUUUUUUCUCAUCGAUUUGGUUCAAAAUUUAUGUAUCUUUAGUGUGUUGUUAUCUGUCGUCUGCAACAUACUUCAAUGUUCGUCCAAAGCCACUUCAAUAG